AUGGGGAGCCCACCUGGAAUCACCUCAUUUUCUCUAUUAGCUCUGACAGAAAGAGUCCUGAUGGAAACUAACUGUCAACCUGGAUACAUUCCAGAUAGAAGAGGAUGUAUAGAUUAUGAUGAGUGUGAAUAUGAAGAGCCAAUCUGUGGAGAUAAUGCAGACUGCUACAACACUUUAGGUAGCUACUACUGUCAGUGUCAAAAAGGAUUUACACCACCUGGAAACUUUACAGAGGACACUCCAACAAAAUGCGAAGACUCACUGUUACUCAUUUCAGACAUCAAUGAAUGUAUGGAGUACAGCAUUGAUUGUGGUCCUAAUGCAUCCUGUCACAAUACUGGAGGAAAUUAUACAUGCACAUGUAAUGAUGGCUACAUUGCCAACAAUAAUGCAGAGACAUUUAUGGACAGACAAGGAGUUCAGUGUAUUGACAGAAAUGAGUGUGAAGAAGAUUCUGGUUUAUGUGGUAUAAAUGCGAGAUGUCAUAACACCCCGGGCAGUUACUACUGCACAUGUGCUCCAGGCUUCAGACUGAGAUCAGGACAAACUAACUUCACUGAUCCCAGUACAGACAGCUGUGAAACUGAUAUAUGUUACAAUAAUUCAUCUAUCUGUGGAGAAGGACUCUGCAAAAACGGCAAAGAUGGCCAUGAAUGUGUAUGCAAGCCAGGAUUCACCAACUUUGGACACAAACAAAUGAAAUGCACAGUUGACAUAUGUUACACUGAUAAAUCUAUCUGUGGAGAAGGAUCCUGCAAAAACCGCAAAGAUGGCCAUGAAUGUGAAUGCAAGCCAGGAUUCACCAACUAUGGACACAAACAAAUGAAAUGCACAGACAGAAAUGAGUGUGAAGAUUAUUCUGGUUUAUGUGGUAUAAAUGCGAGAUGUCAUAACACCCCGGGCAGUUACUACUGCACAUGUGCUCCAGGCUUCAGACUGAGAUCAGGACAAACUAACUUCACUGAUCCCAGUACAGACAGCUGUGAAACUAACAUAUGUUACACUGAUAAAUCUAUCUGUGGAGAAGGAUCCUGCAAAAAUAGCAAAGAUGGCCAUGAAUGUGUAUGCAAGCCAGGAUUCACCAACAAUGGAAACAAACAAAUGAAAUGCACAGACAUAAAUGAGUGUGAAGAUUAUUCUGGUUUAUGUGGUAUAAAUGCGAGAUGUCAUAACACCCCGGGCAGUUACUACUGCACAUGUGCUCCAGGCUUCAGACUGAGAUCAGGACAAACUAACUUCACUGAUCCCAGAACAGACAGCUGUGAAACUGACAUAUGUUACACUGAUAAAUCUAUCUGUGGAGAAGGAUCCUGUAAAAACAGCAAAGAUGGCCAUGAAUGUGAAUGCAAGCCAGGAUUCACCAACUAUGGACACAAACAAAUGAAAUGCACAGACAGAAAUGAGUGUGAAGAUUAUUCUGGUUUAUGUGGUAUAAAUGCGAGAUGUCAUAACACCCCGGGCAGUUACUACUGCACAUGUGCUCCAGGCUUCAGACUGAGAUCAGGACAAACUAACUUCACUGAUCCCAGUACAGACAGCUGUGAAACUGACAUAUGUUACACUGAUAAAUCUAUCUGUGGAGAAGGAUCCUGUAAAAACAGCAAAGAUGGUCAUGAAUGUGAAUGCAAGCCAGGAUUCACCAACUAUGGACACAAACAAAUGAAAUGCACAGACAGAAAUGAGUGUGAAGUUUCUGAUUUAUGUGGUAUGAAUGCGAGAUGUCAUAACAUCCCGGGCAGUUACUACUGCACAUGUGCUCCAGGCUUCAGACUGAGAUCAGGACAAACUAACUUCAUUGAUCCCAGUACAGACAGCUGUGAAACUGACAAAUGUUACAAUAGUAAAUCAAUCUGUGGUGAAGGACUCUGCAAAAACAGCAAAGAUGGCCAUGAAUGUGUAUGCAAGCCAGGAUUCACCAACCAUGGACACAAACAAAUGAAAUGCACAGACAGAAAUGAGUGUGAAGAUUAUUCUGGUUUAUGUGGUAUAAAUGCGACAUGUAAUAACACCCCGGGCAGUUACUACUGCACAUGUGCUCCAGGCUUCAGACUGAGAUCAGGACAAACUAACUUCACUGAUCCCAGAACAGACAGCUGUGAAACUAACAUAUGUAACACUGAUAAAUCUAUCUGUGGAGAAGGAUCCUGUAAAAAUGGCAAAGAUGGCCAUGAAUGUAUAUGCAAGCCAGGAUUCACCAACCAUGGACACAAACAAAUGAAAUGCACAGACAGAAAUGAGUGUAAAGUAGAUUCUGGUUUAUGUGGUAUAAAUGCGAGAUGUCAUAACACCCCGGGCAGUUACUACUGCACAUGUGCUCCAGGCUUCAGACUGAGAUCAGGACAAACUAACUUCACUGAUCCCAGUACAGACAGCUGUGAAAGUAUAUGUAACAUUGAUACAUCUAUCUGUGGAGAAGGAUCCUGCAAAAACGGCAAAGAUGGCCAUGAAUGUGAAUGCAAGUCAGGAUUCACCAACCAUGGACAAAAACAAAUGAAAUGCACAGUUGACAUAUGUUACAAUAAUACAUCUAUCUGUGGAGAAGGACUCUGCAAAAACAGCAAAGAUGGUCAUGAAUGUGAAUGCAAGCCAGGAUUCACCAACUAUGGACACAAACAAAUGAAAUGCACAGUUGACAUAUGUUACAAUAAUACAUCUAUCUGUGGAGAAGGAUCCUGCAAAAACAGCAAAGAUGGUCAUGAAUGUGUAUGCAAGCCAGGAUUCACCAACUAUGGACGCAAACAAAUGAAAUGCACAGGUUAUUAUCUUCUUAAUAUCACUCUGUUUGGUUAUUUUGUAUCUAUUUGUUUUAAUUGUUGUUGUGAUUUCUUUGAAGUUGACAUAUGUUACAAUAAUACAUCUAUCUGUGGAGAAGGACUCUGCAAAAACAGCAAAGAUGGCCAUGAAUGUGAAUGCAAGCCAGGAUUUACCAACUAUGAACACAAACAAAUGAAAUGCACAGUUGACAUAUGUUACAAUAAUACAUCUAUCUGUGGAGAAGGACUCUGCAAAAACAGCAAAGAUGGUCAUGAAUGUGAAUGCAAGCCAGGAUUCACCAACUAUGGACACAAACAAAUGAAAUGCACAGAACUAAAGUGUGAUACAUGUAAAAAUGAUUUUUCAAAGCAUCCAGAACUAACAAAUAUCACCUCUUUGAUGACCAACACCUAUUUGUCACUGAGUGAAAAGAAAAAAUUUGAUGCAGAGAGAUUUUUAAAGGAUUUUCUGGAUGCUUUAGAUGAUCUGCUUUCAAAGGAAAUAAAAGAUGCUGAGAUAAUGACACAGAUCUUUGAUAUAGUGGAGUCAAUGCUAAAACUGAUAGGACCUCUGCUAAACAACAACCAGACCAAGAUGUCAGCCAAAGAAACUGAGGUAGAGCUGUUGGUAAAGAGGGGCAGUUCUUCACCUGACGGUCCUCUUAUGAUGUCCACCAACAGCACACAGUUUACCUCCAACUGGAAAACAGCAACAGGAAAUACAUACUUGGGUUUUACAACUGCAGCUCUCCUCGGCUACAAAAGUCUUGAAGGAUCACUCAACAGCUAUUUUGGCAAUUUAAUGAAACAAGAAAACAUGAAAUACGAGAUCAAUUCAAAGGUAGUAACUGUGGUUGUUAGCAACGCAGAGACAAAGCAUCUACAGGAACCAGUAAAUCUCACGUUCUCUCACUUGAAGCAAAUGAAUGAGAAUCUCACCUGUGUUUUUUGGGAUCAUGAAUUGGGACAUCGCGGGUGGUCCACACGUAACUGCACUAAAGUGAGGUCUGAUGCUAACGAAACGGUCUGCUCCUGUACACAUCUCAGCAGCUUCGCUGUACUGAUGGCUCUCUAUGACAUUGGGGAUGUAUAUGAACUGCGUGUGAUCACAUGUGUGGGACUGUCAAUCUCUCUCAUCUGCCUCCUCAUCUGCAUUGCCACGUUUUACCUGGUGCGCUCGAUCCAGUGCACACGCAACACCAUUCACCUCCACCUCUGCAUCACGCUCUUCAUUGCAUACUUCAUCUUCCUCGUGGGUAUCACCCGUACAGAGAAUAAGGUGGGUUGCGCUAUCGUUGCAGGAAUGCUGCACUAUUUCUUUCUGUCUGCGUUCUGUUGGAUGUGCCUCGAGGGGGUGCAGCUUUUCCGUAUGGUGGUGCUGGUGUUCAACACGACUGUCAGACACAUCUAUCUGGUUGCUGCCGGGUAUGGGGUUCCCGCUGUUAUAGUCGCCAUUUCAGCAGCAGUCAAUGCAGAUGGAUACGGCACUGAAAAACACUGUUGGCUCAACUUGGAAGGUGGCUUCAUCUGGAGCUUUUAUGGGCCAGUUUGUGUCAUUAUUAUUGUUAAUGUUUUCUUCUUCCUCAUAACGAUAUGGAAAUUGGCAGAUAAAUUUUCCUCCCUAAACCCAGACCUAAACAAUUUGCGCAAAAUCAGGGCAUUUACAAUCACUGCGAUUGCUCAACUGUGUGUUCUUGGGAUCAUGUGGGUCUUUGGCUGUUUUCAGUUUGACAGCGGCACGCUGGCCAUAUCAUACAUCUUCACUAUACUGGGCAGCCUGCAGGGGGUGAUGAUGUUCGUCAUACAUUGCUGCCUCUCAAAACAAGUGAGAGACGAGUAUGUAAAAUACCUGGCAGAUGUCUGCACACCACAGAAGAGGAAAUAUUCAGAGUUCAGUUCCAACCAAGCAAGCAAAAGCCAGACGUCCAAGAGUGUUCAGAACACAGGCGAAUCCAGCAUUUAAGCUCCUGUCAACAGACUCGCUUUUGCAAGUUUGAGUGCAACAUUUUUUUUUUAAAUGAAUUGUCUAUGUAAAUGCUAAUAUAUGUAUAUGGAUUGUUGUUCAGUUUAAAGAGUUCAUUUGUAUUUGUAAAAUCCAAGCUAAAGUCUCAUAAUCGAAUUGUGAGCUUGAACAAUCAAGUUUGAUUUCAAUCACUGAUUUCACUUUAAAAUCAAUCUUUGACUUGACAAUCUUUGACUAAUACUCAGUCAGUAUUAAAGAUAUAAAAGUUAUAUUUUCAUAGAAUGUUAUUUACAUUGUGUACAAUUAUUUGAUGUAAAACUGCAAACAGUUUUACUUUUUACAAAACAAUGACUUAUGGGUUUUCACUGGUCACAUUAAAGGUGUUGUGUGUAGUAUUUAGCCCCAUCUACCGGUUAGACAUUGAAUUGCAACCAACGGCUCAGUCCACAGCUUAUCUCUCCCUUUAGAAACGCGUGAGAAGCUACAAUAGCCACCACAGGACAAGCACUUUAUCGUCUAAGGCCCUGUUCACACGUACACGGGUAUUUUCAAAACCAUACAUUUUUCUAUGACGUUUGGCCGUUCGUUCACAUGCAAAUGUAGUAUUAGGUUACUGAAACCAAACUUUUAUAAAAUAUUUUUAGAAACUUCGGUUGCAUUGUGUUAUGUAGCCUCUGCAAUGGCUUCUGAUUGGUCAACAUGGCUUUAUGGUUAGGGAUAUAUCGCCAUCUGUUGGAUUGGCAUGCUAUUGCAUCAUACUGGGUUUUUGCUUGUUUGUGUGAGAUUUUUUAACGAAUGAGGAGCAGUUUGUCCGUUUACGGCUACUGUAGGAACAUGACGGCGCAAAAUGUCGAAUUGCAUGUAAGGGGACCCUCUGUGUAUGUAGAUAAAAACGUCUCAUUCUAAGAUAAUAAAAAUAUAGUUCAUUUUGUAAUGUCUUAAUAUAGACCGUUUCAGCAGUAACAACAUAAACACGCGGCUUCCGUGGUCAUCACGUAACUUCCGGUAAACUCUGCGAAGAAUAAAUAACGACAAAGUCCUUUUAAAGUAGUUUAUUUAAAAAGCAAAAUAAACAACAUGUAGAUUACAUAGGAACCUAAAGCAUUUGUUAUUUUCGACGAGGUAUAUGUUUAAAGGGGAUUGCACACCGGCUGCGCAGGUCUAGGACAACUUGGAGGUAUUGUAAACCGGAAGUGCACAUUAAAUAGCGCGAGCUUCGUCAGAUAGCGUCUACUUCAAAAUGCAAAGUAUAUGUUAGCAGCCAAUGUUAAUCGUUAAUGAUUUGGGACAAAUAUGAUGUUAUUUAAUGUUAAACUAUGUGAGUGGCGCUGUGUGGCGUGACAGGGAUUUGAGCAACUUCCUGAGUCACAGCUGGGCGGCGCAGACAGGCGCAACCUGGCGGCGCUGGUGUGCAUAUACUCAUAGAAAACAAUGUGUUCGAUUUUUUUAGAACGGUGCGGCACUGAGCUGCGCGGCCAGUGUGCGAUCCCCUUAAGAGUUCAGUUUACAGCAACUAGUCAGACCAUUAAACAAACAGAAACCGGAAGUAAAGUUCGGACCAGAAACGGUCUAUACCACUGAUAAUAAUAUAGUUAAUCCCAUUGACUUCCAUAGUAGGAAAAAAUAAUACAAUGGAAGUAAAUGGGGUCUCUGAUCAGUUUGGCUACAAACAUUCCUUAAAAUACCUCCCUUCGUGAAAAAAUGUAUACAGGUUUGUAACAACAUGAAAGUACGUAAAUGAUGACAGAAAUUUCAUUUUUGGGUGAACUUUCCCUUUGAAAGUUACACAAUGCACCUUUUAAAGAAAGAGCAUUUGUCAUUUCAAAAUCAUUAAAACUGUACAUACAUUUUUUGCCAAAGAUCUUAAAACAUCAUGUUUUUAAUUUAUUUUAUAUUUAUGUGCAUUGUUUAUUUAAAAAAAAUCUCUGUCCCCAAUACUGUUGUAACACCAAGCACUUUAGUGAACAGUUGCAUUUUUCCAACAAAAGCAAACAAAAGUCAUAUACAUCUUGGAUGGUGAGAGAACUAGAGAAUUAUUCCUUUAAUGUAUCAACAUUGACAAAGCAUAGUUUAAAAAAGUUUCAUGAUUCCCAUAAAGCAGGCAGCGCAGCCAAUCGAUCUUCCCUUCCUAUCAACAUGACCUAUUUAUUUCCGUUUUGUGUUGGUUAAAUUUCAGUGCAGCGCGCUAUGGGAUUUUAAUCCUGACCCACCUCUUUCCCCAGCACCACCUGCCUAGAUCUGCUUCGAGGGUUCUCCCUAUCUGUAAUUAUGUGCAUGAUUCAGCAAAACGUUUCACUCAUGCCAGCAGCAGCGUAGCAGAUCUAAACCACCAAGAUAAAGCGUAUUUACAUAUAAAAAUACCACAUAAAAAUGCUAAUGUGUCAUGAUUUAAAUAUUUUUACUCUUCUGUCAGUGCAGUUGCAAAACAGAGUUUGACUGAUAUGUAUACAGAUGUGGCCAUUAAGAAUGCAUGUUUUUCUAGCGGCAUCCAACGAAAUUCUUCUUGCUGACAUAUCAGGUCAUCAUUGAAAGAAAAAAUACACAAUAAUAUAAGCUAUCAAUUUAAAUUGUAAUAGACACAAACAUUAAAUAUCGUAGUACAGACAGCUCGCACGAUUCAUCUCCCUGUGACAGGCAUUUUUAAUGGCCACAUCUGUAUAUAGAUAACAAUUAGACUAAAACUGUUGAUUUAUCACAUUAAAACUGUUGUACAGUUAUAGUGUUAAUUCAGUAAAAAAAAAUGGGAUAAGAUAAAACGGCAUAAUGACUGUUUAUGGCCAUCAUCUACGCCAAAUAUAUUAGCAUAGAUGAUAAAAUAGGCUAUAACGAUUUUCUUUUGGGUCACAUUUAAGUGUUCAUAUAAGUGUGUGUUUAUUUGUUUUUCAAGAAUAAUCUGUUGUAAUAUUAACAGGAGGAUCUGAAAAGUCAUUGUGCAUGGUUUUGAUUUAUGGGGAACUGAUAUAAAGUAUGAUUUUUUUAUUAAUGAAAUGAAAUGUUGAAUGCGCUGUUUGUUGCAUUUUUAUAAGUUAAAUAAGUGAUUUUAUAUGCUUUUAAGCAGGAUGAUGAUCUCUGGCCAUCAUUUUGCACAUACGGUUAAAACUUGACUCUUUGCAGUACAUGCCUUUUACUGUUUAAUGUUAUUUUGCUGUUGUUCUGUUGUUUAAUAUAAGAUGUUUGUGUAUUAAAUUUUUUAUUUCAAAUCUC